AUGACUUCACUACUGCAGGAGAAACUUUGCGAAGUUGAUACUCAGGCCCCUGCACCCAAGAAAGAUUUCCACUACUUGACUAUCACAAAAAAUGAGGUUAUCUGGAAAUCAUGGCAAAUUUCUCUCCGACGUAAUCAAGAAAAGAUUCUCCCAAAGGAAUUGAAGAAGACACACAGAGAUUUUCUAUUGGAUGAACAAUUACACAAGCAAUUUCAAAGCAUUUUUGGGAAAAGCAUGCUGAAGUACGCUCUCAACUUGUGUCAAGGACACUAUGAUUUCCUAGUUCGAAUGCCUGAAAAUUUGAUUGUUCACAUCAUGUCAUUUCUUAAUGUGGAGGAUAUUGAACAGUUGUCAAAAACCUGCAAAAGGUUUCAGCAGCUGUGUAAUUCUGAAGCAUUUUGGGAAAGAAUUAAAAGAUUGCAAGAUAAAUAUUCUAUUGAUGUACAGACAGCCAAAUUUCCAGCUUACGAAAAGCAAAGGAAUUUCUAUCAAAGACAAGGCCAUCUGACACAGAUGCAGAGAAGGCAGACCGCAUUCUUCUAA